ACUUCUUAGCGUCGCAAACUUAUGCGAGCUAAGACGUAUGUUCGCCGUUUUAUAAUCCUACCAAAGGAAUAAUUGAGUGUAAAUAAUAUAUCCUGUGGUUCAACUUUCUCUGUGCGCGUAUUUAUUUACAUCGUCUGAUUUUGCAAUACGGGACGGUUCUAAUAGCACGUGUUAGAACAGUUGCAGUUGUGUCGCGGAUUAAAAUAAUGAUAACUUUUUUAAAUGUCAUGAGAAACAGAGUGUAAAAGUCAAAUAAACAGUGAUUGCUGAUUUUAAAAUUGAUGACGGUUGAGGAAUUUUAUCUAAAUUAACUUGUAUGCAAGAUGUUGAAACACUGGUCGACCUAACGAAGGUGCUAGAGAAAGACUAAACAUGGCGCAACUCAUCAACAAGAACCUAAUUACGCUGAAGUGUGUCCUCUUCUGCUUCCUUUCAGGUGUAGGAUGUAUAUUCCCGUUCCUGCCUCUUCACAUACUGUCGGUUGGCUUGGACCGAGGGGAGGCGCGAUUGAUAUCAGCUGUAGCACCUGCUAUUGCGCUCCUGGGCCCAGCUAUACUCGGACCCCUUAUUGACAAGCUCUCCGUGGGACGUGGUUCCACCGGCGGAGGAGCAGGUCCCAGCAGCUCGGGGAAGUUGCUGCGGGUUGUCAUUGCGUGCUGCUUAGUUCUGAGCGCCUUGUUCUACUCUGUUCUACUAGCAGUGCCUUAUACAGAACGCCAUGAAGCACGGCGCCCGCAGGUGCUGUUCAUGUGCGACGAGGAGGGCACUUACGUCAUGCAAGAGGUGUGCACGGAGGGCAUGCGUUGCAACCGCUGGGAGGGCGAAAAGUCCGGAGUGCUGGCGCUAUCCGCCUGCGAGUACGGCUGCGCGGACAAGAACAUGUCGUGGGUGACGCGGCCUUUCACCUCCACCUCCACCACCACCACGCUCCGGCCCAUGUACAACAGUGUCGCGAACGCUACCACUACAGUACCACCAGUGACAGAGGAGCCCGAAGAAGAAGACUUCGAGUUUAAGCCGCCGCACUUAUGCUACGACGAGCAUUGCUUGGUCUACAUGCAGCACGUCCACAGGCUCCCAGUGCCUCUCUCGCUGACAGCUCCGCAACUUCCCGAAGACAACUCUACUGCUGAGAACAACUGGUGUACUUAUCGCACAGCUGGACCGUCGAAAUGUAUAGUCCCGCCCGAUCGCUUGAAGGACAUAGUACAAGAUGGGGAAACGUGUCACCCCGCCGUGCGAUGCCAAGUACUCGAUCCGUAUGACGAGCCCGAUGGAGUGCUGGCAGAUGCUGAAUGCCGCCAAAUCAUUGGCGAUCCGUCUUACACAUUCUGGACUUACUUUAUUAUCAGGAUAUUAGCGGAUAUUUGGCCGACAGCGGGACUGGCAUUACUCGGCGCUGCGUGUGUAAUAGCCACGAGGGAAACUUCCUUGGGUCGCGGCGACGUGGGACGGCAGCUGGCUUUUGGCACUUUAGGAUUGGCCAUAUUCCCCCCGCUGGCCGGGCUGGCGGCCACUCAAAUGCCUGACAACCCUUACUUGGUGCCCUUCGUGAUGCACGCCGUCUUCAUGCUGAUAGGAGCACUUAUACUGCUGGUUGACACGCACAUGCCGCUGUCGACGCCGGAGUGGUGGUGGCACACGGCGACGGGCGUGCUGGCCAUGCCCAUGAGCGCGGUGCGGCGCUACGGCGCGGAGACCGCGGCCGUGUUCGCCGUGCUCGCGCUGCUGGGCACGCUGUGGAGCGGCAUCGACGCCUACCUGCCCUGGACGGUGGAGGAGCUGAACGGCACGGCGCUGGAGGUGGGGCUGACGCUGACGGCGGGCGCGCUGCCCGCGGUGCCGGCGCUGUGGUGGGCGGAGGCGCUCGUUGACUACGUGGGCCACUCCAACGUGUUCAUCACCGCCCUCACCUUCUACUGCCUGCGCUACACGGGUCUAGCGUACAGCGAGUCGUACUCGUGGGUGGUGGUGUGCGAGCUGCUGGAGGUGUUCACGCUGAGCCUGGUGUGGGUCACCGCCAUGCUGUACUUCCGUCACCUCGUGCCCAGGAAGUACACCACCACGGGCCAGGCGCUGCCCGUCAUUGCGCACUUCUGUAUCGGACGCUGCAUCGGAGCUAUAAUUAGUGGCAUGGUGUCGCUGGAGCAGCCGCUGUGGUCACUGCGCAGCGCCUACCGCGCGCUGGGCGUGGUGUCACUGGCGGCGGCUGCUGUGUACCUCGCGCUCUACCACCUGCUGCUGGCCCCGCGCUGCGCCUCGCCUGCCGUCGCGCCACCUAGCCACCUGCUACAAGGAUUAAACGCGAACGGCGGUUCCAACGGCAACUAUUCUCCGAUGCGAGUCUAUCACGAGGAGCGAUCUCGGAAAGGUCAUUUCCGUUAUUAAGUCAUUGUAUCUUGUUGUGUUUUUUUACUAUUUCUUCUAUAUUAAAUAAGUUUUAUAAGUACACAAUUGUGAUAUAAUUACUAUUUCUUGACUAAUUAAUCUGAUCCAAUCAGUUUUAUUUAUUAGCUUUUAAAAUUUAACGCCUAUCUGCAUUUCAUUAAUUAAGAAUUUGUAAUUUGAAUAAAUUUUACUCCUUA